AUGGACGACGAGGAUUUCAACGUGAUAUCUCAGAUACCUCUCGAUGAUGCUGAUUUUGAAUACCCAGAUGUUGAUACUAAUGAGCCGUCCGCAUCCAAUGUGGCUGUGGUGAACGCACUGAAUGGGACCGGUCAGAAAAAACGUCGUCUGAUAGAUGAGGAUCCUUUCAAAAUGCCUCCCGAUGAGAUCUUCACACAUGCCUUGGACUGGCACAUGCGAAUGCCGCUAACAUUAGAAGAACAUGAAAAUGCACGUGGAAAACGAUUGCAUGAUGAUUUAGCUGCAAAUCAACUACUUCAGCGAAUUUCUCAUGCUCGUGCAAAAAGAAUGCGAGCAAUGGGAGAGCACUUCGGUGCUUCUCAGCACCCAUUUUCUGAUGAUGAAAUGGAAAAGGAGAACCAGGUAAUGGAAACUCCUCCUAUCGAUGGAUCAGCAUGGCUGGGAGUGAAUAGUGACGAAAAUGACGAAAGAUUUUAUAUCCGGUAUCGAAAACAGUCUCAUAUUCCACGUAAAGCCACCGCCCUUGCGAACGAAGUGCGCUCAGAAAUACUGAACAAGCAGUUGCAAAAACUGGAGGCGGAGAUUGAUGCAGUGAGGGCUAAGAAAAGAUUGCUGGCAGAACGCGAAGGACAGCACGUAGAGGCAGCGCAGCCUGAAGUUGAAGAUGAAGGACGGACUGGGAGUAGCAUGUGGGUGAACAAAUACGCACCACGAGUUUAUACGGACCUGCUAAGCGAUGAUGGAAUAAAUCGGCAUUUAAUGUCAUGGGUGAAAUUGUGGGAUGAAUGUGUAUUCAAAAGAAAGAUUGUGAACCUGCCAAAAGAAGGAUCAUCAAAAGAGAAGGAUUUGCUUACGUUGGAUGCUGGUAAACUUCGCAGGCCUACACAUAAGAUUGUUCUUCUUUCUGGUCCAGCUGGAUUGGGAAAAACUACGCUGGCAAAUGUAGUUGCUCGACAGGCGGGCUACGCAGUUGUUGAACUAAAUGCCAGUGAUAGUAGAAACGUCCCAGAUUUUGAAAAGGCUCUUGAAGGAGCUGUUCGAACGUCUCGUACUAUUACGCAGGGUACUCGUCCUAACUGUUUGAUUCUCGACGAAAUUGAUGGCGCACCGGCAGAAGCAGUUCGUUUUCUUGUUAAAGCUGUGCAAGCGACAGGGAAGAAAGCGAUUCGGCGUCCGAUCAUCUGCAUUUGUAAUAACAUGUACAUACCUGCUUUACGAGAACUGCGCGCAAUCGCUAUGAAUAUUCAAGUAACACCUACUUCAAAGGAGCGCCUUAUCCAGAGAUUAACUACGAUCGCAGAGCUGGAGGAGGUCCGUGUAGAUCGAUUUACUCUACAACGGCUCGUUAAAUUGAGCCACUGCGAUGUGCGCUUCUCCAUCAACACUUUACAAUUUGUGUCUAUCCUUGCCAAGAAGGAGAGGCGUUAUGUAUCCAUUGACGACAUACAAAAGGCCGUUGAACGAGAAAGAGUGGGUUCUUCGUCAAUAUUUGAGAACUGGUCAACGGUGUUGGAUUUUACGCAUCAUUUUGACGAGAAGAGUGUCCUCAAAGUACUGCCCGAACGACUGCAGUUGAUUGAGCGGGUAGCAGUUGAAAGAGGUGAUGAGCGUUUUGUCAGUGGGCUGUACGGAAACUAUUUGAGCGUGAAUCUACCAAUGAAAACCAUUCGAACGGGUGCAGAAGCAUUCAUUUACUAUGAUAGCAUAAUGCAUGCGGUAAAUGAAAAACAAGAAUAUGUUUUGAUGAGAUAUGUACCUGUGUUCUAUAUGCUCCUUCAUGCUGCAGUGGCCACCCACAUGAGAGUAAAACUGAAGUUCCCUCUAAUUGAUCAAUCCGCCAACCAAAGACGCCGCGAGUCACAGGAAACACUAGCCACGGUGCAGUCCUGGCUUCUUGCUCGACACUCUCCUUCGGCUCUCAUCUCUGACGUUCUGCCUUUACUUGUGCAGAUUGUUCAACCACCUAUCAGAGCGAUGAAUCAGCAGUUGUACAGCUCAAGAGAACUGGAACAGAUCAACAGUGUCGUUACUAUUAUGGGCGACUAUCAUUUGACAUAUGCUCCCACUGUGGUUAAUCUCCAAGUACAAUAUCUUUUCCAACCGGCGAUUGAUAUUUUGACGAUGUUUCCUAUCAAUGACGAAAGUUCCCGUUGCUUGUUGUCGAACUCAGUGCGACAGAUGAUUGCUCAUAAGAUAACUAUUUUCUGUACAGCAGGCAAAUCAUCGGAUGAAAAUACUCCCCCAAAAACCAACACGGAGUUGAUUAAGGAAAUGGUGGCCAGUGCACCACCACAGUCUAAAUCUACAUCUACAGACCCAACACGCCCACUCUUCUACAAGUUCAAUACCGGUUGCAGCACGGCAGUGAAGCGAACAGUUCGAAUGCAUCAACUAGUUGCAAUGGAAUGCAAUGGUGAUGAUCACAGUAGCGAGAAUGAGAACGAUGACCCCAAACACAACCUGAGAUUCACUAAAGAACUGAUAGACGAGAUCCGAUCCACAAAGGCUAACAACCCAGGAAUGUUCGUAUCUGCAUGGCAGGAGGACGACCAAGGUAUAAGAGAUGCAGAUCUAAGAAACACGGGUGAUAGAUUUCUGAAGGAAGCUGAGAAUGGAAAUGUCGGUGUAUUAAGAAGCAUGCUGGACAGUGAUCCUGAUCUUUUGUCAGUUUCUGACGAGGAUGGUUACACGGCCUUGCACAGGGCUGCUUACAACAAUCAUAUAGACGUAGUCUCGUUCUUAUUGGAAAAAGGAGCUGACCCUGAGGCGAGGACGAAGCAAGGCUGGACUGCUUUGCAUUCAGCAGCCAACUGGGGUAACUACGAGGUGAUCGGUCGACUCAUUUCUCAUGGCGUUGACGUUAAUGCUCGUUCCAGUGGAUCUGUAACGCCGCUUCAUUUAGCUAUCAGUAGCCAAUGCGAGAACGAAAGCGGCUCUGGUGACACACCUCUCGAUCUCGCACGCAGAACAUCCUCUGAAGUCUACGCAAUGCUCACUGAUCAUCUCGACAGAUGA